CCUUCGACACCUACAUACGGUUGACAAAUUACAACUAACAAGAAACUUCCCAUAGCCAUCACUUCAAGCAAACACCUAACAUUUCUUUGCCGUGAGAAACUUCUCCACCUCCCAAAAUCCACCAUCUUCGACAACAUCUAUAAAAACUUGAGAUCAACAACGUAAAUUCAGCAAAAGAGCACCGAUUCAUCGUAAUUACUCAAAAAAUCGUCAACAAUGUCUCUUAGACAAAGACCGUCAUCAUCUAAUCCACCAUCCACCUCCUCCUCCGAGACUCCAAUUCCUCCGCCGUCGCCGCCUUCCAAGGGCGCUCUUUCUCAAGCCUUAGAAAGCACAGCCCACCUCGCCAACCUCCUCCCAACAGGCACCCUUUUAGCCUUCCAAAUCCUCACACCAAUCUUCACCAACAACGGCGUCUGCGAUUCCGCCACCCGCUAUAUGACCGUCGUCCUCCUUGUAAUCCUUGCUCUCUCCUCCUUCCUCGCAUGUUUCACCGACAGCAUAAAAUCAUCGGAUGGUCAAAUCUACUACGGGUUUGCCACCUUCAAAGGGCUAUGGCUGUUUGACUACCCAGCUGCAACAGCCGCCGGGCCGCUUCCUGAUCUGAGCAAGUACAGGUUAAGUUUCAUCGAUGGAGUUCAUGCAGUUAGUUCUGUACUCGUGUUUGUUUCCGUUGCAUUGAAGGAUAAGAAUGUGACGAGCUGCUUUUAUCCAACGCCGGGGCAUGAGGCUCAGGAGGUUUUGGAUAUUGGUCCGAUCGGAAUAGGGAGUCAAGAUGAAGAUGGUUGUAAUCAAGAAAAGUAA